CGAAUGUGGGAGUAUAUAGGAAAUAAUUAUAAUCCCUUCUCCUCACAACUAGAAACAGCAGAGGAGCUGCCUGGCUGCAGCAGAGGAGUUUGAGUAGCGAUAGAGAGAAAAGGUGUGUGCAACAGAGAGAGAAAGAGAUGGAAUGAAAAGAAGCCAAGAUCGCUUAAAGCCAGCUAACUGAAAGCAGAGUCCCUGGAAGCGGAGUAUGACUAUUGUCUAACACAGGAUCCGACUUUCACAAUAUACUUUUGUCGAAGAAUCUAUUUUGUGAUUUCUCAUUCCAGACUUCCAUUGGUUUAACAAGAGCUACACCAGACAGUGAUCACCAAUGGCUGCAGGCCUGGAGAAAGCUUGUCACCGGUGCAUAUCUAAAAUUGCCAGUAACGGCAGUGGUGAUCGUUACCCUCAGGAGUGAGUUAUCACCUACAAAGGCACAGAGAGCACAGCUGCUGCUGGCAUCCCAAAGCCACUCAGGCUGGAUGCUGCUAGCCUGGGUACUGAAAUGGAGCCAGCUAAAGUUAUCGCUGACUGGCAUGGGACAGAGUCCUACCUCAGAAGAAGAAAUAAGGCAGCCAUCCCUAGAAAUCUUCAGGAGAGGAUUGCAGAGUUCUUCCAUGAAAGUUUCAUUGAGAUCUCUCAGGAGGAUUCAAGGGACAUCCCUGUGUACCUAAACAAACUGCUCUACAUGGCUCCCUGCAUGCUUUAUUUUUGGGCUUCUUGCUUUCCUUGCUUUACCACUGUCCAUGGCUUUUACAGGAAUGAAGUUUUUGGAAGACUGCCCACUUCAACCACUAAUUCCCUUAUAUCUGUUGGUGGGUGGUGUUGUCGGCAGUGUAAAGGUGACUCUUCUGCUUUAUGACUCCACCAGGAUGCGGCAACUGCUUUCCAAAUCUGUCGUGAUUGAUGAUGACGACGACGAUGAAUAUCCAUGGCGGCAGAAUGCUCACAAAUACUACAUCCAUCUUACGCUCAGCCUCUUCCUCUUUAUCUGGUUCAUACUUGGGAACUAUUGGGUGUUUUCUGUCUAUCUGCCAAAUUUCAUUCCACCUUUCCACCAGCCCCAGGAUUAUUGUGAUAAAACCCUGUACAUUUUUGCUGUUGGAGUUCUUAUCAUUAGUCAUACUGUGCUGUUUUUGCUUAUCUUUUGUAGCUUCUGUAUAUAUUGUUUUUCUAAGCGAAGAUAUGCUGCAGAAGAGGAUUAAAAGCCAUAGAAACUAAACCACAGCUGUUAGGUAAAGGGUGUCCAAUGAAAAACAAAAGGCAAUAAUUUACCAGUGUGUGUGUAUAUAGAUAGAUAUAUAUAUAUAUAAUAACAGCCAACUAUACUGAGGAAAUUGUGCAAGCCAGUGCCAUCUGGCUCUUUUAAUAUAAUACAUCAUAGUAAUGUAAAAUUGCUGCUAUAGAUGGCAAGCUGCUCUCCCGCUAACUUUUACAUCCAUUUUGUUAGGGGUUUCAUUUGAAGCGUUGAAAUCUGCAGCUGAGAACUGCAGACAGCAACCCCCUCUCAAACCUUAUUCUUAGACCCUUAGGAAUUCUGUUUCAGCGUAAUACAUUUUCCUCUCAAUUUGUAUAGGUAGUAUGUGGUCUAUCACCAUGGUAUCUGAGCACCUCCAUAUCCAUUAGCCUUUUGAGGAUGUAUCAUUGUCCCUAUAUUACAGAUUGGGGGAGGGAUAGCUCAGUGGUUUGAGCAUUGGCCUGCUAAACCCAGGGUUGUGAGUUUAAUCCUUGAAGGUGGCAUUUAGGAAUCUGGGGAUUGGUCCUGCUUUGAGCAGGGGGUUGGACUAGAUGAUAUCCUGAGGUCCCUUCCAACCCUGAUAUUCUAUGAUUUUAUGGGGAACUGAGGCACAGAGAGAUUCAGUGAUGUAGCCAAGGUCAGUCAGGAACUGAACCUAAAUCUUUUGACUAUCAGCCCAGUGCCUCAACCACAAGAUCAUUCUUCCCUUCUGGGAAAAAAAGGGAAAGCAAAGUUUACAUGGGGCAACUUUACUUUCUCUCUCUAUUUGUACAAUAUAAUUUAAUAGCAUCUAGGUAGAACAAAGAGUGCUUUAAAGCCCCCCUGAUGAAGUCCACAGGGAAAUUGACUAUUUUCAUAUUUUUGGUAUGUGACAACUUCAGAAUGAGGUGGGGCAUGAUAUUAGUAUUACAGAUGAACGUGUUUACUUUGGCAGUGCAUUGGUUGUGAUUUCAGGGGGUCCUUUUGAUUUGUUCCCCUUAAUGAUGUACAUGUGUAAAUCUAUACUUAGUGGAUGGAUGUGAUGACAGCAGAAGUAUCCGCUUUAGAAGCACCAGCAUGCAUGGAGGCAAUUGUCCUGUGGUGUAUAAUGAAACUAACUUAUUAUUGGUCCUGGUA